GUUGAAAAAUACCCGCUAAUGUUGUUCGCAUAGGGUGUCUUGUGUUAAGACGCGCCAUUGGUAGGUCGAAUGUGAAGUGGCUUUCUGGAGGGUGUUUGAGAUCGCAAUUGUGUUGGCCUUUAUUUCGGAUAUUUUCUGAAGACAAAUGGGUCAGGAAAAAGAAAAGGAGAAAGCCGUUCGGACAUUUACUAUUGGAGAUAGGGUCUUUGCUAAAGUUAAAGGUUACCCUCCAUGGCCAGCCUAUGUUAUUAAUGAAGAAAAGGUUGCCAAGAACAAAGUGAAAUACCAUGUAAUAUUUUACUACACAAAUGAAAAUGCUCUUUGUAAGCCAGAGGAUAUGUACCCAUAUGAACUUUACAAAGAUAAAUAUGGCAAACCAACUAAGAAGCCGUAUUUUAACCGUGCCCUGGAGUUAAUUGAGAGUGACGUACCACACUUCGCAAAAUAUUCCUUAGCUGAAAAGAUGUCUGCUGUUCAGGCAGAUGUUGAAGAAAUACAGAAGUAUACAAGGAAGCGUGCUCUUGAGGAAGAAGCUAACUCUGAUUCCAGCAAAGAUAAUAAGAGACGUAGGGGUGUUUCUGAAAGUUCUGAGCACUCUGUACGUACCAGUUCCCAGAAGCAAAAGGCCCCUAAGAAGCCUGACAACAUGGACUCUCCUGAUAAAGGCAACAAUAAAGAAGCUGAUGUGUUGGAUGAAGCUGGUGACAGUUCACCAGACAAGAAGAAAGAGAAUAUGAAAUCAAGUAAGAAAAGAAAAAUGUCUAAGCCAAUGAAAAACACAUUUCGACCAAAAACUGCUUUUGGAGAGAAUCCAGCUAUUCAUUUUGAAAAAGCAAAGACCUUUGGACGUGUUAAUGAUAGAGAAACAACAAAGGCUAAAAACGAAAAGAAUACAGGACAGGUACAACAGAAGAAGACUGCUCCAAAGGGUGGUAAACGUGAAACUAACAAAGAGAGACAGGAAAAUCAGCCCAAGGGGAGAAAACAGAAAGUUAAUAAAGAGAAUGAGCAAAAUGAAGACAAUGCACUACCACAUAAUGAUCCUGGGCUAGGCAAUAACUCUUCAGCAAAGGGUAGCAGCAGGUUACGUGGACGGAAACGACGCACAAGAGAGCAACACGAUUUUACGAGUUUUGAAAGAGGUGAUCAAGUGUUUGCGAAGGUGAGAGGUUACCCACCGUGGCCAGCUGUAGUGACUGCUCUUGCCAAUGAAACUGGAAAGAAGAAAAAGUAUCAUGUAACAUUCUAUGCUAGUGAUCAAAGAGGUGUCUGCUCUGCUGAACAUAUUUUUCCAUAUGAACUUUACAAAAGUCAAUAUGGCUCACCUCAUAAGAAAAAUUCUGCAUUCAAUAUGGCUCUGGGCCUUAUCAGAAAAGCUGCUGGAGCUAAUGCAAGUAGUGGCACUGGUACAAAAAACAGAUCUGCUAAGCAUCAGAAAAAUGAGCCUUCAAAUGGUGAUUUAUCAGAUAAUGAUUCUCCACUUGGAGAUGAACAUAAUGACGAGAGUACAGAGGAAGAACCUCCAGAUGAUAAGCUUGAUCGUGAAAAAUCUGAGGAUACAGAUGAUGAUGCUGAGGACAAAUAAUUUGUGUGUUUAUCUCAGUAUGAUGGAUAUCAGGAAAUGUUGAUAAACAAUGCAGAUUGUAAGACAGUUACAAAGUCAUCUGCCAAAAGAAUGAGUCAGUGUCUUGUGGUGACACUGAAAUGUUAUGUUUCGUACCAUUUUUAAUGACUUCUUUAUCAUUGUAAGAAUCAUAAUCAUUUUCUGUAGUUAGUCUUCUGGAGGUCAAAUAUUUCAUUUAUUUUAAGUUGUCCCAAUUUUUUAUGCUUCUCGGUUAUUCCUAAUCUCAGUUAUAUUUAACCUGUUUCAGCAGCAUGUUUCUUAAUUGUAUUCCUGCACAUAGUUUUCAGAGAAUUGAACAUUUCAUGUGAUUUUUAGCUGUCCGGUUUUCCAUAGUGUGUGAAUAUAAUCUAUUUCAUGUGAAUUUAAGUUAUACUUUUUUAUGAUUUUCAGCAAUUUUUUUAACGUUGCAGUUAAAUUUUUAAAAAUGUCUCAGCAAUAUGUUCUUUACUUUUGUUCACACAUGUGCUUUGUGAGGAUCAAACAUUUUAUAUGAUUUUAGUUGUCCAAUCAUAACUGGCUUGUGAAGAUAGAGUAUUUCAUGUGAUUUUAUUUGCCCAAUUUUCAAUGUUUUUCAGUUAUUUGUAAUGUCUCAGUUUUAUUUAAAAAAUUGUUUCCUUAAGAUGUCUCAAUUUUAUUUGUGCAUGUAGUUUGUGAGGAUCAAACAUUUUAUAUGAUUUUAGAUGUCUAGUUGUCAGUGCUAUCUGUUUUUAGUUUCCUACAUGUUUCAGUUAACAUUACAGAUGUUUAAACUGUGUGUAUCUUAAUUUUAUUCAAGCAUGCUUUGAAUAGCUUCAAAUUUAAGAGAGAGAAAAGAAACUGUAAUGUUGUCACUUUUCAGUACUUUAUAUUUCUGUUUCAAAGAAUGUGUGAGAAGAUUAUACAAAUAUGUGUUUGUCAUAUGCUCAAAGGCAAAUAUAUUAAUGUAAAAACUAGAUGUCAAUAGAGAUUAAAUGUGUUUGUUUGUGUGUUGAUGUACAGGUGCUUGUUAAAGAGACAAAAGUCUCUAAAUUAACAUUAUGUGGCGACAUUUGUAUUGAGUUGUUAAGCAAAGCUAGAUGUACCAUUCCACAAAACAACAGGUAACAAUAUUGAUUGUAUGUUUAUUACGAAAGUACCUGUAUAUUGCUGCUAAAGUUGUACAUGAAGCCAAUAAAUAUUUUUUUUUAAU